UGGACAGAACCAUCCCAGAUGCGGCCGGCUUCACCGCCCAUCGAGCCGACAGAACCGCAAACUUCGAUGUCGUAGAAGAACAUCUUCCUCGUGAGCAGGAAGAAGAGCCACAGCCCCACCACAUUAAAGAGGAAGAAGAUGUACCACAUUCCCAUCACAUUAAAGAGGGAGGGGAGGAGCCACAACCCCCCCAUAUUACAGAGGAAGACGAGACGCAUAGUGUUAAACUGUCCCUUCACAUUAAAGGUCAAGCGGCGGACCCACUGGUCUUACACAGCAAAAAUGAAGAGGAGGACCCACUGACCCCUCACUUUAAGGAGCAAGAGAACCCGCUGACCCCUCACAUUAAAGAGGAAAAGGAGGACCCACUGAACCCCUACUUUAAAGAGGAAGAGGAUGACCAAGAGCCGCUGCACAUUAAAGAGGAAGAGGAGGAGCACCGCAUCAGUCAGCCUAAAUGGUUGGAGUUCCCAGUGACUGGUGUCCCUGUGAAGAGUGAAGAUGAUGAGGUCAAAGGUGAAAGUGAGGAGAAGAGAGAGGCGGAGCCUCCAAGCAGCAGCUCAACACAACACAUGACAACAGAAGCUGAUGGAGACCACUGUGGAGGAUCACAAGCAGACAAGAUCUUAGCUCCACUAUCAGAUAGUGAGGACACAACGUCACACUCUCCUGACACCGAUGAUGAACACUCUAAAGAUGAUGCAACAUGUCACACUGACAACACUCACUUGAAGUGUUCUCUCUGUGACAAAACUUUUAAAUACCAUUGUCGUCUGAAAACACACAUGAGAACACACACUGGAGAAAAACCUUUUAUCUGUUCACUCUGUUGUAAAGGUUUUGUAGAAAGUCGCUAUUUGAAAGUACACAUGAGAAGACACACUGGAGAAAAACCUUUUAUCUGUUCACUCUGUGGUAAAGGUUUUGUAGAAAGUCACAAUUUGAAAGUACACAUGAGAAGACACACUGAUGAAAAACCUUUUAUCUGUUCACUCUGUGGUAAAGGUUUUGUACAAAGUCACAAUUUGAAAGUACACAUGAGAACACACACUGCUGAAAAACCUUUUAUCUGUUCACUCUGUGGUAAAGGUUUUGUACAAAGUCACAAUUUGAAAGAACACUUGAGAACACACACUGGUGAAAAACCUUUUAUCUGUUCACUCUGUGGUAAAGGUUUUGUACAAAGUCAGAAUUUGAAAGUACACAUGAGAAGACACACUGGUGAGAAACCUUUCACAUGUUCAAUCUGCAACAGAAGCUUUUGUGACCAAUCAAACCUUGUAGCACACAUGAGAAGACACCCAGGAGAGAAAGAGUUAAGUUGCAGUGUGUGUGGUGAAAGAUUGUCUUCUAAGUACCAGUGUAAGAAACACAAGUGUGCUGGUGAGAACAGCAGCAGCAAAUGAAGAUGCAGGAUUUGAAAUAAACUGUCAAGACUUUAAUGUUGACUUUCUAACAACAUCAGCACAUAUAACAUGUGUGACAUCAUUGUUGUUUGUGUAACUAUCUCUUUAAUAUACUUCUACAUUUAUAGAUUAGAUAUUGUAUAUUAGUGCUUUUUUCAGUCAAGUACAUGCAUUAAUAUGCAAUCAAAGUUUGGAGUGUCAGUAUUGUACAUCAUCCCACAAAGAUUCACUUUGCAUACAUUCAUAAAAUAAACUGUUUAUUUUGUUUCCCUAUUACAGAACGAACAAGUGUUGUCUUCAAUUACAAAACAAAAUCCUAAAAAAUAUUUUAAGUGGUCAAUUCUGUCUUUUUUGGAAGAAUGGAAACUUUCAAUAUGUGAGUAUUUUUUGGUUCCAGAGAAAAUACAGUAAAGAAUAAAUAGUAAAUAAUUAAAAAGAUGAUAUACUGUAAUUAGAAUAUUUUCAACAAAAGCCUUUUUAAUUUUUGUAUUUUUUUCCCCAGCUCGUAC